AUGUAACCAGGUUUGAAGCAAUUAUUCUUAAGAACUAAUGGCCUUAUAUCAAUAAAGCCAAAAAUCAGAAUCACGGACAAUUACACUCUCUCUCUUGUGUAUUCACCUGGAGUGGGCCACAUUUGCCAAGUCAUUCAAAAGAAUCCAGAUCUAUUAUACGAUCUUACCAUUACAGGCAAUUCUGUUGCACUUCUAUCCGAUGGAUCAAGAUCUUAAAUUAAAAAGCCUUCUUGGAUGAUUCCAAAUUUAGAAGCCAUCAGUGCAUUAUACAAAGCCUUUUAUGACAUCGAUGCCUACCCUGUAAUUUUGGAUAAGGAAAUCAUGAAUGGGGCAGAUGACUACUUGCUGAUCAUAGAUAAUUUAUCUACAACAUAUAAAACAAUUGUAUUCGUCGAUAUCGAAGAAAAAUUGACUCAAGAACUUUUGCAUAAGUUGGAAAAUGCCAAAAUUGAUUGUACAGUCGUCAUUAGUAACACUCAUUCCUUAGUUGAAUAAUUAAAAGAUGCUGCUCUUAUCAAAAGUGCCCUGGAUUCUCGUUCUAUUUUAAAACCAUCUCUAAUUGAACAAAUUAGACUAAAACUCAAAGGAAUUGAUUUCUCACAAUUACCAAACUACUUAACAGCUACACUCAGUUCUGCCUAUGCUGCUAGUUUGAAUGAAAUCCAUAGAAAUGGAUUAUUUCAUCAUACUGUAAAAAAUACCACUCCAUCCCAAUUCAUAUCAAAAUUAAAUGAUUUAUAUCUGUAUGGUGAGAUUGCAUACUACAACAGAUGGACACCCAAAUAAUUCUUAUAAAAUAAUGACAUUAAUUAGAAUUCACUGGAAUUACAUAAAAGAUAUAAUGGUGUCAUCACCAUUGCUUUGAAAUUUAAUCCAAGAUCUCUAGAAGACUUAUACAGAAUCUAUGAGUUAUCUUAUAGGAAUAAUGAUAUCUUAGAGAUUCAAAAAUUAUUCGAAGCUGAUCCCAAGAAAAUCCGUGAAGUCACACUAAAAAAGAAUUAUGCUGCAAUAGUCACAAAUGGAACUGCCAUUCUUGGACUUGGUAAUAUUGGACCAGCUGCUGGAUCCCCAGUGAUGGAAGGCAAAUCUGUUUUAUUCAAUGCUCUAGGUGGAAUUGAUUUGAUGCCCAUCUGUUUCAAGGAAAGAGACCCUCAUAAAUUAGUGUAACUUAUAAGAUACAUUGCACCAAUCUUUUCAGCAAUUAAUCUAGAAGAUCUUAGAGCUCCUGAUUGUUUCCCUAUUGAAGAAGAAGCCAUCCAAAGCAUUCAUAUUCCUUUGAUGCAUGAUGAUCAGCAUGGUACUGCUGUCGUUAGUUUGGCUGCACUCAUCAAUUACUUGAAAUUAACAAAAAAAAAUGUAAAAGAUCUUAAAUUGGUCAUCAAUGGAGCAGGUGCUGCAGGUGUUGCCAUUUGUAAAUUACUCCAUGGUCAUGGUGUAGAGGACAUCCUCAUUUGCGAUACUGAAGGAAUCAUCUAUGAAGGAAGACCCAAGAAUAUGAAUACAUUUAAAAAUGAUCUUGCUAAAUUUACGAAUAAAAAUAAAAUAGCUGGCAAACUAGAAGAUGCUGUCAAAGGCAGAGAUUUGUUUGUCGGAGUCUCCAGUGCAGGAGCAUUAACAUAAGACAUGGUACGUAAUAUGAAUAAGGAUCCAUUUAUUCUUGCAUUAGCAAAUCCACUUCCAGAGAUAAUGCCAGAUGAUGCAAUUCAAGCAGGUGCCUUCAUUGUAGCUACAGGAAGAUCAGAUUUUAACAAUUAAGUGAACAACUCCUUGGCAUUCCCAGGAAUAUUUAGAGGAGCUAUUGAUACCAAAGCCAAAGAAAUCAAUUUACAAAUGAAGAUUGCUGCAGCAUAUGCUAUAGCAAAUAGUAUCAAAGAGAGUGACCUAUCACCUACCAAAAUAUUGCCAGGAGCAUUGACAGCUGAGAUCCCAGCAAAUGUUGCUAGAGCAGUUGCAAUUGCAGCUAUGGAAAGUGGUGUUGCUCAAGUCAAAGUAGAUCCAGAGGAGGUUUUCGAUCAUACAAGAAAAUUGAUAAUGGAAGGAAGCAUACCAACAUUAUGA